AAUGACUAGCCCCCUCUUGCGAUAACUUUAACAAAUUCAAGAUGGCAGCGCCCAUGGAUACUCUCAAAUCUCAUGAAUCUGGAUCUGAUGGUUUGUCCAUUCGUCUGGAAUUCAGUGGUGGAGCUGAACUUUUAUUUGACAAAAUCAAGAAACAUGACAUCACACUUGAUACUUCAAAUGGAUCAAACUGGAAUAUCAGAAGACUAAUAUCAUGGAUUAAAGACAACCUGCUGAAAGAAAGACCAGAACUUUUUGUCCAAAAUAACACAGUGAGACCUGGCAUUUUGGUUUUGGUGAACGAUGCAGAUUGGGAAUUAGUGGGCGAGUUGGACUACAACCUCCAAGCCGACGACCGGAUAGUCUUCAUAUCCACCCUGCAUGGCGGAUGAUAGCAACAUGGCUUCAAAAUGCAUAACUAAAUCUCGACAUUUUUUUAUAUUUAAUACCGAGGGCAAGUUGAAUUAUGGUCAUCGGCGACCAGUAACAAGCUAGCAAUUUUGAAAGGAGACAAAAAAAGGCUGUGAAUGUUAAUUACUCUCGUUACAAGUAACCUGGGCAAUAAGUUUUCAUCUCCUCAAAAUUAAGAAGUUUAAAGAUGCUGGCAAAUACUUAAAAAAAAAAACACAGAAAGUACAAAUAUGGACAAAAUAAGGUCAGUAAGCUGUCAGUAGAUAGUUAAUAUUUUCACAUGCACUUUAUAUUUGAUUAUACAAUUCUUAUUGGUUUACAAUUCUGACAGAAGAAAACAAUAACAAAUUUCAGCAACAAAUUUUCCACAAAUCUACUUUCUCGUUAUACACAUGAUAAAGGAGUAUCGUUGUAGCCUAUAUAAUAUACAAAGACUGCAUAAUUACAAUGUUUGAUAACGUUAAGAAUUUGUACACAAUAUAUGGAGACGAAGCUGUAAUAUGCCAGUGAAUACUGCUGUAAAAACCUAUAAUUCUGCAGCAAGUAUGUAUGUAUUGCCUGUGGAAAACUAGCACUAUUUGUCAAAAAUUGAAAGUUUUGGGAAUUUUGCACAACUUAGUUUAUUUGGGGUUUGUAAAGAAACAGAAUUUAAUAAUCAUGACGAAUAAAGUGUAAACAAGGGGAAGUUUCAACAAUUUCCACAAUUCUUAAAAUUUCAAUCUUAACCAUUCGCAGAUCACGGCGUAUAUUUCUGGUUAUGUUUUGUGCAUCAAUUAAUGUUAUUUGUUUGUAAUUACACAAAUCUUUUACACAGAAAUGCAUUAACUGUGAGCAAUUAAGUUGGCAGUAUAAAAUGCUUUACCCACGUUCCAACUUAAUCACCUCCUGUAUUCACUUGGACACGAAAAGAAUAUAAAACUACAAGCAAAAACUUCAUUUAUAAAUAAAUAAUAUACCAAAUCUGGAUGACAAACUUUGGCCCCAGUAUCUGUGCAAAAUCAAAUGGUGUAUGGUGCAAAUUUGUUUAGUAUCAAGUAAGCUUAAAAAAAUUAGAUGAAAACUCAUUUCUCUAUUUUGGCAAAAAAAGGGUACUGUGUCUCAAUACAUUUUAAAAUGUAAAAAAAAAAAAAAAAAAACCCAUAAAUUUGACUAAACUUUUAACUUGAUUUUCAGAUGAAAAAUCUGUGAAAUAGAAUGACAACCACAUCCUGCAAUACAGUUUAUACUAUGAUAAGAUCCAAUAUUUCACAAAUAUUUUCUCCUUUUCUGAUGAUUCAAGAAUCGAACUUGGGCAAAAAUUACUGCAUAUCUAUGUCUAUGCACAUUCAAUUUAACUUCACUACUACAAUAUGUAACGUAAAAAAUGGAAUGUCAAAAUUGGAAAGUUCUUAAUCUCUCUCAUA